CCCCCAGGCCGCGGCCCUGAGCCCGGCGAAGCCCGGCGGAGCCCGGCUGAGCCCCGCGAGCGUGCGGAGCCCCGAGGCCUUGGCUGCCUCCCAAACUUUUCAAAGUCGGCCCGGGGCCCGGGCGACCUGGGCUCCGAGCUCGGCCAGGAGGACUCCGGGGAGCAGGAGGAGGACCCGGAGGACCAGGAGGAGGACCCGGAGGAGGAGGGGCCGCCGCAUCAAAGACACCGGCUUCCCGCGGCCCGGGGGCGAGCCAUGCGCGGCGGUCGGUAAUGUCAGCGGAACAGGACAAGGAGCCCAUCGCGCUGAAGAGAGUUCGAGGUGGUGACAGUGGACUGGAUGGGUUAGGAGGGCCAAAUAUACAACUAGGAAGCCCGGAUAAGAAAAAACGCAAGGCCAGCACACAGGGGCCUUCCUUUCCUCCAUUGUCUGAGUAUGCACCACCACCAAAUCCAAACUCCGACCAUCUAGUGGCUGCCAACCCCUUCGAUGACAACUACAACACUAUUUCGUAUAAACCGCUGCCUUCUUCCAGUCCGUAUCUCAACCCUGGCUACCCAGGCUUUGGAGGCUACAGCACGUUCAGAAUGCCACCCCACGUCCCUCCAAGAAUGUCUGCCCCCUACUGUGGUCCUUACUCACUCAGGAAUCAACCACAUCCAUUUCCUCAGAAUCCUCUGGGCAUGGGCUUUAACCGGCCUCACGCCUUCAACUUUGGACCACACGAUAAUUCGAGUUUUGGAAACCCACCUUACAAUAGCGUGCUGGCCCAGGACAUUAACAUGCCUGGCCAGCAUUUUAGGCAAGGCCCUGCUGAAAACUUCAGUCAGAUUCCCCCACAGAAUGCUGGCCAAGUACCUAAUCCUGACCUGGCAUCUAAUUUUGUCCCUGGAAAUAAUUCAAAUUUUACCUCUCCGUUAGAAUCCAAUCAUUCGUUUAUCCCACCGCCAAACGCAUUCGGUCAAGCAAAACCGCCGCUUCCCAAACAAGACUUUCCUCAAGGGGCAGCGAAACCCACGAAUCAGAAUUCCUCCUCUCACCCGCCUCACCUAAACAUGGAGGACCCAGGCAAUCAGAGUAGCAUCGAGGUCAAGAACGUCAGCAGAAACAGCACCGGCGUCCAGGACAACAGCCGCUCGGGGAGCGCCGAGGCCACCACCAACCACGCCAACGGGACCCAGAACAAGCCCCCGAAGCCCCGGGGCCCGGCCGACCUGGGCACCACGGACAAGAGCCGCAAGUUCUCCCUGCACCCCGGCCGGCACGGCCACUCGUCCUCCGACCCGGUGUACCCGUGCGGGAUCUGCACCAACGAAGUGAACGACGACCAGGACGCCAUCCUGUGUGAGGCCUCCUGUCAGAAGUGGUUCCAUCGCAUCUGCACCGGAAUGACGGAAACGGCCUACGGGCUCCUGACGGCCGAGGCCUCCGCCGUGUGGGGCUGUGACACCUGCAUGGCUGACAAGGAUGUCCAGCUCAUGCGCACUAGGGAGGCCUUCGGGCCACCCGCCGUGGGCGGGGAUGCCUGAGCGCCACCGUCAACUAACGUGGGUUCCCCUUCCCGUGUAGAACGGAGAUUUGGUGACCUAGGGUUUUAAUGGUUGACAUUAUUUUUUUAAAUGCACACACACACACACACACACACACAAAUACCAGUUCUUACUAACAUCAUGCUUCAUUUUCUUGGUUUUUUGUUUGUUGUUGGGUUAAUGUUCGGGGGGAGGGGGUUACUGUAGAGACAUUUACAAAUAAAUGAUCAUUGUUAUUUAUCAUAAACAGAAAAGCCUCUUGAAGCUUCAAAAUAAUAUAUGACAAAGGUAGGCGAGUUGUAACUUUUAAAAGUUAGUAUUGAAAAAUAUUCCCGCACUAAGCUUUGACCGUGUGACAGCACACGUUUAGUUUAAGAGUAGAUAGAUUUAACAUGUUCUCCGAAUACAGUCUGUGUAGGGGUAACGUGGGGCGGGGGGAAUCUGUGUGUUUACUGGAGUUUAAUGUUUUCUUUUAAUGUUAGAAUUUGACAUUGAUCCCUCCUCUGCUUGGGUCUUUGGAAUCUGUGAAUUUCAUUGUUCAAAUCAGUCUUUCUGGGAUAUCUAUGUAGGUACAAGACAGACUUGGAUCACGGCAUAUAGUCUAUUCCCAGUAGUACUUGCUAAUUGGCCGGUGGGUUGUGCUUGUGAAACUGCUGAUGUCAGCUCGCUGAUUUUAGUAAAACUGGCCUGGCAAGGGUUUCCUCGUGUGUCAUUUAGAAUUACGCUGGCACUAUGCGCUCAGUUUUUUAAUUAUUCGGGUCUUGGCAAUGUUCUCCUCAUAAUAAUGCAAUAGCUUCAGCAUUGUGAACACUUUCUUCUACAUGCUUUUAAGCCGGGACAGACUGCGGGGAAAGACAGAAGCAGCAGCGUGGUCCUACAGGGAGGGCUCUGCCGCCCUGUGAACUAAGCAGUGCCGGCUGGAGCGCUGUUCUGGAGAGCUGAGUCUGUAAAGUGAACCUCAGGGAAGCUCAAAAUCCACUUUAAAGUAAAGAGCAGUGAAGAGGCCGGGACAAGGCUUACUCGGGGCUGUGUUUCAGGGUCAGUCACUUCUGCUGAAACUGGGAACAGUGUCGGAUGCACCCGAGAGGACCUUACCUCCGGAGGGAUGCUCUAAGGUCCAAAAUGACACACACAUAUUUUUGGAGCAGAUCAUAACCUGUGACCAGUAUAAGCAAAUGGUGGCAAUUUAGACAAUGGUGGCAUAUUGAUGACCAUCCCUAAUGAUGCUUUGCCUUUCAUUAUCAGUGUGACUAUAAAAAGUUCUAGAAUGUGGGACUGGUGGCCUGGCUCUUGCUGCUCUUGAAGAGGACCUGGGUUCAGUUCCCAGAACCCACAAUGGUCACCUCACAACCGCCUGUAUCUUCAGAUCCAGGGACUCUGGUGCCCUCUUCUGGCAUUUGUAGGCACUGCACACACAAAGUGAACACAUGUUUAUGUGUACACAGAUACACAUAAAAUAAAAACAUCUUAAAACACAAUAGUUAAAAACAGUUAAAAAUGUCAAAACUCUAAAUACUGUGGUAGUCUCAAAGGAGAUAAUUUAUUCACUUGAAGGGAAAGAGAACAACGAGAGCAGCCACACAUUUAUCAAGAAACAUAAAAGUGUGUAAAGAUUCUUGAUUGACAUGGGGGCUGAGGAGAUGGCUCAGCAGUUAAGAGAACUAGCUGACUUUCUUAAGGACCCCAGUUUGUUUCCCAUCCCCCGUGUGGCAGCUCACAACCAUCUGUAACUCCAGUUCCAGAAGCUCCCAUUCCAUCUUUUGAUCUCCACAUAUAGUGUACAGACACUUAUGCAGGUAAAACACCCAUACACUUAAAAAGUAAAUAAAAAGAUGUUCUGGCUUUUAAAAAUCUUUUUUUGUGGCUCUGGAGAGAUGGCUCAGAGGUCAAGAGCGCCAUCUGCUCUUCCAAAGGUCCUGAGUCCAAUUCCCAGCAAGCACAUGGUGGCUCACAACGAUCUAUAAUGAGAUCUGGUGCCCUCUUCUGGCUGCAGGUGUACAUGCAGACAGAACAUUGUAUACAUAAUAAAAUCUUUUUGUUAAUGAACAGAAACCACACUUUGACACGGUAGGACUGUCUCUCUCAUGUCUUAAGUGUCUCACAGCACUAAGGCACAGUUAACCAUCUUGGGCUGUGCGCUUUGUCAUCCAUCGUUAUCCCUAGAGCAUUGUUUAGUGGAAAGCUAGCUUUUUAUCAUUUGGGCCUGUUUUCUAAGCAACACCAUGCCCCAAUUAAGUAACUACAGGGUUUGAAUAAUUUGUACAGUUGACAAAAUGAUGAAUUUUGUGAAUAUUAGACAUUUAAUAUCCUGUUGGUAGAAAAUGGUGUUUCUGAUGUAGAUUAUCACUGACUUAAACUUAAAAUACAGUGCUCUAAUUUUGAUACAUAUAACGGUUUCAUGCACUACAAGGUAACACAAGGUUUUUUCAAUCUACCCUUGCCUAGCUAGAACUGGGUAACUGUGUAAUAUAUAUCAUCACAGUUUUAGGAAAUGACAUGACAAUGAGCUUUGUAACCAACAUCUCUUCAGGCGCAAACUUGAGCAGUUGCAGGAAGCUGAGGACAGGGUGGGCUGCCUGCCGCGUGCUGGUAUUCAGGACAAUGUGACCACAUCGUCUCAGGCUGUUAUUUCUGUUAGAGCUAAAUUUCUGAAAUGUUUAAAGAUCCAGGUUUGUUCUUGAAAUCCUCUUGAGUGCUGACGUUUUAAAGAUUUGUCUAUGUGUAUCUAUGUGGGUCUGUGCACAUACAUGCCGUACCCGUGAGGCCUGGAGAGAGCAUCAGAUCCACCGCUGGAGUUACAGGCAGUUGUGAGCAGCCUGUGGUGAGUAUACUGGGAACCAGAUCCUGGCCUUUGGCAAGAGUAGUCCACAAGCUUCACCUCUAUGGCAUCUCUAGCCCCUGGAGUCCUGACUUUUGAGAGAUCCUGUAUCUGGUGCUGGGUGCUCACUCCUAGUGUUAGGUCCUGACUCUGGACUGAGCUGAACAAGAUGCGCAGAAACUGAUGUUCCACUGUGGCAGUGUUGGUUUGGUUAUUGCUAAAAUGGGUCAUGCCGUUCGAUAAGCCUUUUAUUGCUGGUGGUUUUAGUGCUUAGCUGUCUUUGUGAAGACGAGACGACCUCUAGGGACAGAUGAUUUAUAAGGUGGUUAUUUCACUUUAUUUGUAAGGUGUUGCUUUAAAAAAAAAAUACAGGUGAAUUUCACAUGCUUUACAUUUGCCAGACAUCAUAGUAAGAAUCUGUAAAAUUUAAGAACCCAGCUGGUGCACACUUUCAAUCCCAGCCCUCUGGAGGCAGAGGCAACUGGAUCUUUGAGUUUGAGGCCAGCCUGUUCUGCAUACUAAGUUCCAGGACAGCCAGGGCUACAUAUUGAGAACCUAUCUUUUUGAAAGCGGGGAGGGGGAGGGAGAAAAAAAGAAAAGAAAAGCCCAAUAUUUGUUUCAGCCAUGAGUCAUGGGAUAACCUGUAAUCAAAGCUGAUAAUUAUCUUCACAGGUUUGAAUUUACUUUUAGUUACACGUUUGUGUGCAUAAAAUACUAUGAAAUUUUAUAAAAUGUAUAUAUAGAUGGUUUUGGUGAUGAAUUAUGAGCAUGCCCAGAAAAUUUGUCUCAUUUUGCCCAAAGAUGUCUGUUACAGAUUCACAUGACUUUCUUAGAAAAGGUGAUAAACAGCUUUCAACUUAAAAAUAUAUACAAGAGGUGAAGAAGAACCCGUAGAAUUGUGUAUUUCCUGGUCUAAUCCUUUUUCUUCCCUGAAAGGCGCCCUGCUCACUCCUUCAUCUUCAAGCUGUGCUGAAGUUGAACCUGGCUCUAUGUUAACCCUGGCCAACUUGCUGAUGAAGUUUUGAAGCAUCAGAUCUGGGAUUAAGAGCUCUCACCGACCAACCCAGCUUCUGUUUCCAGCACUCACACACUCUCAAGCAUGUGUAACUCCAGUUACAGGAGAUCUGCUACCCUCUUCUGGCCAUGGCGGGGACUGCAUAUGAGGUUCCAUAUGGAUGCUGGGAUUUGAACGUGGGUCCUCUGGAAGAGCAGUCACUUACUCUUAACCCCUGAGCCGUCUCUCCAGCCCUUUGUGCAGAUUUUGAAAUAUGGAGCGUGCACGUGCGCGGACACACACACACACACAGACACACACACACACACACACACACACACACACUUUCUGAGAAGUUUCCUUGCUUGUUCACUAGAGGAUUUCUGGUCCACGUGUUUCAGAUAGCCCAGAAUACACAAAUAUUGAAGCAGCUUAGCUUAUCAAAGAAAAUAAAGCUGUUGUCAAAUAGAAUUAGGAAUUUGGUCAGUGUCUUCCCCUGGGGUGGAACAAUGAUGCUCUUGCGGUCCUUGUUACCCAGAUUAGAAGGUUGCACACAGGAAGUAAGGUUUUACUGCACUGGCGUUUGUUCUCUGUAAGAGAGCAGAAUGAAAUGACAGCUAGAUUUUGAGUUUCUCUUUCUUCUGUUUUUGUUUUUCAGACAUCCAACUCUUCCUAGUGAUAGGAAAAAUUAUUUUCUCCAACCCUUUGGUUUUUUGAGACAAGGUUUCUCUGUGUAGCCUUGGCUGUCCUGGACUGGCUUUGUAGACCAGGCUGGCCUCGAACACACAGCGAUCUGCCUGCCUCUGCCUCCUAGAGUGCUGGGAUCCCAGGCGUGCCCCAGCACAGCUUAGAAAAAUUCUUAAUAAUGUUGGCCACCAUGCAGUCUGAUGACUUGCCAUCCUAAAAGAGUAUCAAGCAUCUUCAUCUAAUAUUCUUUCCGACUUAGCUGUCUUGAACAAACUAGCAUGACAGCAUUUCUCGGGCAUCCUACACGGGCUGAUAGAACACUAAGCAGAUAAGCAAGCAGCAGUUUUAAAGGGGGGAGGGGGUCCUAAGUUGUGUAGAGCUUUUUUUGUAAUGUAGAGAGGUUUUGUGUGCAUGUACAUUUGUGCUAUUUUAGGCUUUCCUAAUUUAAGAGUUGAAACUCAACCAGACCCACAAAGCUUCUUUGUAAAUAAUAGUUGGGAAGGCGGUGCAAGACGGUUAGACUCUUAGGGAAGCCCGUGAGGGUGUAAGCUGCAGCGUAGUUGCCUCUCCUGAUCACACAUUGAUAUGAGAGAAAGCACCAACGGCCUUCCGUCCUAGCGAAGUAGUCCCUAGGAAAGGCUGAGCUCACUGCCAUGGGUAGUUCCUGCUUGCCCUCUUAGCACCUGCUGAGGAAGCAGGUUUGUCAUUCCCCCUCCAGGAUGCUCCAACUUCCUCAUCGUUCCUUCGAUUGGAAGUUGCUCUGUGAGCUGGGGAUGUGGCUCAGUUAGUAGAGCCUAGGAUGCAGGAGACCCGGGUUCCAUCCCCAGGACCACGCAAAAUGGGCAUGCUGGUAUCCACCUGUAACCCCAGCACUUGGGAGGUGGAGGCAGGAGGAUCAGAAGCUCAAAGUCAUUCUCGGCUAUGUAGUUUGAGGCUAGCCUGGGGUACAUAAGACUAUCUCGAAAGAAAAGAAAGAAAGAAAGAAAGAAAGAAAGAAAGAAAGAAAGAAAGAAAGAAAGAAAAGAAAAGAAAGAAAAAGAAAAGAAAGGAAAGGACAUCCUUCUGUGAUGUUGGGCUGUAGCCCAGACCCCAUAUGAUCGCAAAUCAGCUGCCCCUGUCUUCAGACUACUUCCUUCAGACUCUCUGGACUUUCUGUAGUUUUCCCGAGCUCGGAGGCUCCCUUCUGACCCCCAAAUUUCAGUAACUUCCUCUUGCUCUCCCUCCAUUUACUCACGAGAACAGUAUAAGAUCACGCCUGCAUUUAGUGAUUCUCAGUGGUCGCGUGAUGGGAGUUUGGAGGUGCUGAAGUAUGGAGCUAGGGAGAACCCUCUCUUCUCCCCUGUCAGAUGGUCAAAGGGAGGGGGAAGAAGAAGGCCACAUAGAGGCCAGACCCUCAGCACACCAGACACUUGCCUGUAUGUACUUCAAAACUCCAAAACCACCCUGGGCGGGAAGCCUCACCUGCCUCCGGGUCCCCCAGUAGCAUGUGACCUGCAGUUAUACAUUGGCAGCUCUCCAAGUACCUGCACCUUUCUUGUUCCUCGGACAGGUAGGUGGUAUUGCUCGUUAGUGAAGAUGUUAUCUUUUAUAAGAGCCCUGCUUCUGAUCAUGGUGUAUGCGAGUUGAACCGUUGCUUCAUGUAAAACUCUCUCUUCUUGAUGUACCGUUGACCUAUGCCUCUCUUUGAGAUAUCGGUUCAGCACUUUUACACAAACCCAAGUGUGCUCCACAUUGGUGACAUGUAUUUCGGCGGUAGGUCGUCCUUUUGUUCCUAGUGUGUGUCUGAAAUCAUACAUGCACCAGUGCUGUGGUCUGUGGCAAAAAAAAUCACUGUAAUUCAAAUUGGAAAAUAAAAGGUUUCCAGACUUUGUCCAACCUUUAUUCCUAUGGCAAAGGGAAUUACUAUGUAAUUCUAAUGAUUUCGUAUGCUGGGAUGUUUUCAGCUACUCUAUGAAGUCAGUGAAACAUGAGUAGGUAUGGGUUAGUUAGUAAAGGCUUGAUGUCUUUGAGGUGUUGGGGGAGUGAAAUUGGUGGUAGCAGCUCAAUGGUGUUCAUGAUACAAUAAACACACCUAAAAGUUUCAACCGGUUCAGCAUGGUAGUGUGAACCCACAAUCCCAGUGUUCAGAGCCUGGAGUGGGGGCUCUGCAGAUGGAGACCACUCCAGGCUACAGAGCAAGACUGUCUAAAGAAGAGUCCAUCUACCGCGGCUGCGAUUCCUGAGGAGUUCUCUUAGCUGACAUAUGCCGACGAGUCCCAACUGAAAGCAAUAUUCGCUGUACUGUAACCAAAAUAAUGGCAAACAUCUUUAAUAAUAGAGAAAUGAUUGAGAUAAUUGGGACAAUUAGUUAGAUAAGAAAACUUCUCCCAUUUCCUUAGAAUUUGUGACCAUGUGCAAGAACAUGGGUGCUCUUCAGUUUGCCCUUCCUGAUGGUAGGUUUGAUGCUGAACAUCAUAAUCAUGCUUUUAAGAGUAUUUAACCAAAAGCACAAUUCAUUUUUCUUUUUGAGGCAUUUGCUUAGGAACCCUAGUUUUAAAACAUUUUCUGUUGGAACUGGAGAGAUGGCUCAUCCCUUGAGAGUGCCUGCUGCUCUUUCAGGGAAGUCGGGUUCAGUUGCCAGCACCCUAGUGAGGCAGCUCAGAACCUCCCGUAACUCCCCUUCAAGGGGUUCCAAUACCCGCUUCUGGCCUCUGCAGACCGCCGCGCACACACAGAGAGACACGCGUAGCAUAAAUAUUUCUUAAAAUCUCAUUUGAGGUGUGCUGGUGUUUGGCCUGCGUGUGUGUCUAUAGGAGGGUGUCAGAUCUUGGAGGCAGAGACAGUUGUAAACCGCCGUGAGGGUGCUGGGAUUGGAACUGCUCCAGAAGAGCAGUCGGUGCUCUUAACUGCAAAGCCAACCCCUCCAGCCCCAAUAAAUAGUUUUUUUUAAAGCCCAUCAUUAAAAUUAGUACCCAAAGGGAUUAUAAAAAAAAUGAUAUUUGGUCAUUGCAAAUUUGCAUGUUUGAAAUUAUAUGCUUAACGUAAAAACAGAUGCUGAUGUGUGUUUAAGUUGACUAUCUUCCUAAACAUUCCAGUUUAGAGUUUUCGGUCACAAGCGCUCUGACUCAGAGUCUUCUGCACCGGUGGAUGUAUUUCCAAGUGUACGUGUACCUUGGUUGUGCUCGUGUAUCUGAGACUGCAGCAAGACAUGGUUGUUUUCUAGCCUGUGUUUUUUUUGUUGCAGACUGUUGACCGGAUGGCAUAGCAAUGACUCUCAUGCAGUCGUAAAGACACCCCAUGGUGUCAUAAUCCCGUUCUAUUUGACUUGAAUGUCCAUAUUUUUAUAGGCUUAGUUGUUUUUUUUUUGUAUUAAAAGUUUAGCACCAUAUCUUAGGGGUUUAAUUUUGUCUAACAUUUUGACAAAUAGUCUUUUUAGAGCCUAGUAUUUCUAUUUCAUCAUGGCGUUUUAAGAAAGUACUACUCUAAGUUGAAAUGGUGGGGGCUGGGCGUGGUGGCACUCACCUUUUAUCACAGCACUGAGAGGCAGGCAGGGGGAUCUCUGCAAACUUGGCCCUGGCCUGGUCUAGGUAGUGUGUUCCGGGCCAGCACAGUGAGAUGUGGCCUCAGAAUAACAAUGUUGGACAAAGUCUGAAUAAGAACAACAACAAAUCAUAAGGUGAUUACUGGGUCCCCCAAAUUGUUAUCUUUACAGAGCUUACAGGCAGGUUAUGCUCUUCAAAGAAAUUGAAGCUAGCUCAGUAACUGACAGAAUUCGGUCGAGUGUGGAGAGUUUUAAAAAGACACUACAUUCUCAGUUAUAAAUCCCUCUCCUCUGCUGUCCUAACCUUGCACAGUUCCCCCGUUCUGCUCAGUUCCCUCCUGCCCCAAACACCAUGCUGGAGUUCAACCUUGAACGCCUCUCCUGUACAUUACUGUUUUAUCCUGAAGUUGUGAGACAAGCAGGGGUCUUACUUUCCCCUCAGACCGUGUUCUUGUCACCAUUGUUUUCAGGGAGACGCAUGUGUCACCUGUGUGCUGUGUAAGCACCGUCCUUCUGUGGCCUCACUAUUAGGGGAAAUGAUGUAUGCCGGCUUUCUUGAAUCACAUGUGUUGUAAGUUUGUGUCCUGUGGUGUUACGCGAUCUCAGAUUCUUUUAAAUAAAGGUAAUUUUUA